UCCGCGCCGCGCAACGAUCGUCCGCACUCCUCAAACCCCCAUCUCCACCACCACCUCACCACCUCCCUCCCUCCCAUCUCCCAUAGAUGGAGAAGCUUCGCGCGCCUUCCUCCCAUCAUUUGCCCCAUCCCCGGCAGCUCGCGGCCGUUGAACGACUGCGCAAUUGCCCGCUGAACUAAGUGCUGCCGCAUACGAGGUCUCAUAAGGAGCUAUGGCAGAUGCGGUGAUGGAUAGAGCGGUGCAGAUUGCCGCUGAGGCGUGGGAGGUUGUGAGACAUGCUCCGGCGUGGAUCUUGGUAGUGUCUGCUACAUCAAUACUACCAUUCGCCUUCAUAUCCCUCUACCUAACACUCCACCUCAUCGCCCCCCUCCCACGCCACCCCCACCCCUCAGAAAAAACAUACAUCACCACCCUCCCCUCCGGCGGCGUCACCCCCCCCCAGCCCCUCGCCUGCUGGCACGACGACUGGCUCUCCCACCGCGCUUCCCACGCCGCCGGGUCCUCCUCCAAAGACACCGGCCACAUCGAGCCCGCCACCCUCGCAAUGAGCGUCGUCAUCCCGGCCUACAACGAGGAAGCAAGGUUAGAAACUAUGCUCGAGGAGGCUGUUUCCUAUCUCGACGCUACUUACGGCCGCGCCUCCUCCCCCUCUCCCUCCACCAAAUCGUCGAAAUCGAAAACCUCCUCCUCUUCGCCCAGCGAGCCCCAAGGCUACGAAAUCCUCCUCAUAGACGACGGCUCCUCCGACUCCACCGUUAGCACCGCCCUCCGCUUCUCCCACGCCCACUCCCUCCAUGAUACCCUCCGCAUCAUCUCCCUGCACCGCAACCGCGGCAAAGGCGGUGCGGUAACCCAUGGUCUGCGGCACGUCCGGGGCACCCAUGCUGUCUUCGCCGAUGCGGACGGGGCAUCGCGGUUCCGAGAUCUCGGCGCGCUGGUCGCGGGUGCGGAGUUAGUCAAGGAUGCACGGGGUAGAGCGGUGGCUGUUGGGAGCAGAGCGCAUUUAGUGGGGAGUGAAGCGGUGGUGAAGAGGUCGUUUGUUAGGAAUGCGUUGAUGCAUUCUUUUCAUCUUCUUUUGAGGCUGCUUACUCCACCUGCUACGUCGCGCAUCCGCGAUACGCAGUGUGGGUUUAAACUCUUCACCCGCGCCGCGCUGCCACAUAUAAUCCCCUACAUGCACGCCGAAGGGUGGAUUUUCGAUGUCGAGAUGCUGAUGCUCGCCGAGAGUGCACCGGUGUGUAUACCAGAGUCCAAGCACGAGGGAGGCAAGAUUGGCGGCGCCGUUAGGGGGGUAAGAGUAGCGGAGGUCCCGAUUGCGUGGCAGGAGGUGGGGGGGAGUAAGUUGAAUGUGCUGUGGGAUAGUAUAGGGAUGGCCUUUGGACUGGCUGUUUUGAGGGCUAGUUGGGCGCUGGGGGUUUAUAGGCGGCGGUGAGGGGGUUGUGUUAUAGUACAGUACCCUUUUUGUUGCGCGUGUAUAUAUAAAGUUAUAAGUUAUAUAGAGAAAGAAAGAAAGCAGGCAUACAGGUCACAUAUAUCACAUGCUUCAAACAUCGCAGGGGUUUUGGUUCAGCUGUCUGU